AUGGAUGCAUCAACUCUGCCGGCAACCUUUGCGACAUCGUCGAACGCGCUGUCGAUCGUGGAGAGGAUCAGUGCAAGCCCUCAAGGGUUGUGCCGCUUUAAGAGCUUCCUGGACAUUGGUUACGUUCGUCUCGCUGAGGCUCUGAGAUUGCAUACGGACCGAGUGAAGGACAUGGGUCUGCACUCUCGAGAAGCGCUAUCGGGCGUGGCUCCUCGACCACUAAACUAUCUCACCUGGUCGGAGUGGUCUUUUGGGCCCGGCGGCCGCAACCUCCUCUGGAUUAAAGGCAAGCCGGGCUCUGGAAAGUCGACACUAUUGAAGAAAACACUUAGACGCCUGGAGGCUGCCGGCCUGCCCUCUUCUGUAUUAGUCGCUAGCUUCUUCUUUACGGCUAGGAGUAACGUCAAGUUGCAAAAUUCAGCGCUCGGGCUGUUCCAGGCAAUACUCUACACCCUCCUUACAGAAGACAAGGCCCUGCUGUCCGCCUUCAUCCCGGUGUACCGUAGAAAGUGCGCCGCGCACGAGGGCCGGAGGAAGUGGCAGGAAGAGGAGCUUCGAGCGUUUUUCAAGUCGGCGUACUCGGGGGAAUAUCCCGGCAUCAAGAACGCCGUGGGCGUUAUCGAUGCUCUCGACGAGGUCCGCUCGGAAAGCUACGACGAAGCGUACCGAGUGGCUCAAGACUUCGUUAGUUUCUUCAAAGACCUGACCGAAAAGGGGAAACUGAAAGUAUGCCUUUCGAGCCGGCAUUUUCCCAACUUCCAGGUCGCUGACUGCGAUCAAAUCGUUGUCGAGGAUUUCAACAAGGACGACAUUGUAAGGUUCGUCAACGGCAAGUUCCCCAACCCUCAAAACCCUGCCAGAGCCAACAGGCUUGCGGAAAGGGUCGCGGAACAGGCUAACGGGGUCUUCAUAUGGGUCACUGUCGUCGUUGGGAGACUGAAAUCCGGCUUGGAUAAUGGGAUGACGGACCCGGGACUGGAGCGGGUCUUGGAAGAAUUACCUUCGGAGCUGGAGAAGCUGUUUGAGGGCGUGCUUGACAGUGCCAUGAGUAGGGCCAAAAUGCGGAAGGCCGAGGAAAUCUUCCAGUGGGUUCUGCUGUCCCAGCGACCACUGGAAAAGGACGAGCUACAGCAUAUCCUAACCAUUAGCCGCCACCAGGACGAUGGAUCGGCGGCGACGACGGCCUCGAUCGAACAUUGGUCUACAUCCAAAGAUUGUCUGAACGGAGACCCAGAAAAGUUCUUAAUGCAGCUGCGGCUGCAUACCAGAGGCCUUGCUGAAGUCGUCCUGCUGCGCGAAUCGUCUGAGUAUGAAGAGAGCCUGGAGUCUCUCGAGGAGGCUCUUUGGCAGGAUACUGAUGACUAUGAAGACCCUAUGGUUUCGGGUUAUGGAAUAAAAGCGCCCUGGAGAAAUGAUUGGUCGCCCGUUCAGUUCAUCCACGAGUCCGUCCGUGAAUUCCUCCUGCUAGACAACGGGCUGUCCUUCUUGCAGGUCGACGGGAUUCAACGUUCGCUAUCCGAAAGACAUGAGAUACUGGCAGAGUGCUGCGUGGCCUGCAUUCUUCAGGGCAGUCACUUCCUACAGAUAUAUCAACCGGGCAAAGUGCAAGGAACACGCGCCCUUUCCGAAACUGACCUUCCUUUUCUUCACUAUGCUCUCUCUGGCGUCUUCUAUCACGCCCGGCAAGUUGAGCGUAGCGGAAUGUUAGCGGAGAAGGUGAUGCGCCAACUCGCGGACGUGCGGCGGACAUUCUGGAUGGCAUGGCAAUUCGUUGCAUCCAUGGAUAGCCAAGGAGAAGACGCCUGGAAUUCUCGUACUCCCACCCUGCUUCACCUGAUCGCUCAUCACCGGAUGUUCCUUUCCGCCUCUUUUGUACUGAAACUGGGAUUCGACAUCGGCGCGCAAGACGGCCGCGGUGAUUCGGCUUUGCACUGCGCAGCUCGCGGCGGAAUCGUUGAGACGGCCCAGUUUCUGAUAGGCGACCAAGUUGGCAAUGGACUCGGCGCUGCAAACGUCAACCUGGAAAACAAGUGCGGAGAGACUGCUCUUCACCUCGCCAUAAAAUCCGAAGAAGUCGGAAUGGUUGAGCUACUGCUCCGGCAUGGAGCCAACACAAGUAUCCAAAACAAAAGAGGAGAUGCCGCCAUGCACAUCGCUCUCGGAACGACGGGUUGUUCGAUAGUACAAAUGCUUGUCAAGUACGGCGCCGAUGUCCAUUUGCGGAACCGCACCGGAGAGAUGGCCGUCCAUAUAGCAUCUAGGAUACCAAACGUCUCGAUACUGGAGUCGCUUAUUCAACAGGGCGGCGACAUUAACGCUAAAGACAGACGUGGAAUGACUCCGAUCCACCACAGGAUCAAGCACAAUUUUGAGAUGCGACCCCUCGUCCGGUUGGGAGCCGACGACCUGAUGUUCAUCAAAGACUCCCACGGCAUGACGGCAUUUCACUACGCGGCCGGAAAGACGUCUGCCGCGAUGAUGCGGCGGUUCUUAGCCCUUGUUCAGGGGCAGAGCAAGCGCUCCAGGCUGCUGUCAUCACAAGAUCGCUUCGGACAGACGGCGCUACACUUAGCUGCCAAGAGAGACAACUUGAAUAUAUUCCGCGUGCUCCUCGAAGCAGGCGCAAACCUGGAGCUCUGUGACAAGAACGGAAUAAAACCUGUCGACUAUGCAGCAGACAAGGUAUCGCGGGAGCCGUCGCUAGAGCGGCAGCUCUUUCUCUUAGGGUACCGGCGAAUACUGAGGCGCCAGAACGGCCGAAUGGUUUCCGGUCAACCCGAGGACCUCGGCCUUAACCCGGAAGGCUACGCCCUGUUUAUGGCUGACGUAUUGGCAUUCAUCCACUGGUCUGCCAGAGUCGACGCCAACGACGUCGAAUUCGUGCUGUCACAGAACCGUCCCCCCGCAACACCGGAGGCGGAGGCACCGGCCUGCAAGAGCUUCUGGCGCAACGACCUGUACUACCCUCGUCCAGGCAGCGAUAACAAGAACGACCAGAGGCUGUGGGAUAUCUUUCAGGGCCGCUUUCUUGAGACCAGCGGUCGCCUCCUGGAGGAAGAGCCCGAUGCUGUGAGGCAGCUGCCGCAGCGGCUUGUCGAGUUGAUUGGCCAGGCUAGGGGGAAGUUUUCUAGGGGGAUAGACGUAUGGUGA